AUGACAAUCCACGGGAGGAAUCCACGGGAGGAAUCCACGGGAGGAAUCCACGGGAGGAAUCCACGGGAGGAAUCCACGGGAGGAAUCCACGGGAGGAAUCCAUGGGAGGAAUCCACGGGAGGAAUCCACGGAAGGAAUCCACGGAAGGAAUCCACGGGAGGAAUCCACGGGAUGAAUCCACGGAAUCCACGGGAGGAAUCCACGGGAGGAAUCCACGGGAGGAAUCCACGUGAGGAAUCCACGGGAGGAAUCCACGGGAGGAAUCCACGGAAGGAAUCCACGGAAGGAAUCCACGGAAGGAAUCCACGGGAGGAAUCUACGGGAGGAAUCCACGGGAGGAAUUCACGGGAGGAAUCCACGGUAGGAAUCCACGGUAGGAAUCCACGGAAGGAAUUCACGGGAGGAAUCCACGGGAGGAAUCCACGGGAGGAAUCCACGGGAGGAAUCCACGGGAGGAAUCCACGGGAGGAAUCCACGGGAGGAAUCCACGGGAGAAAUCCACGGGAGGAAUCCACGGGAGGAAUCCACGGGAGGAAUCCACGGGAGGUAUCCACGGGAGGAAUCCACGUGAGGAAUCCACGGGAGGAAUCCACGGGAGAAAUCCACGGGAGGAAUCCACGGGAGGAAUCCACGGGAGGAAUCCACGGGAGGAAUCCACGGGAGGAAUCCACGGAAGGAAUCCACGGGAGGAAUCCACGGGAGGAAUCCACGGGAGUAAUCCACGGGAGGAAUCUACGGGAGGAAUCCACGGGAGGAAUCCACGGGAGGAAUUUACGAAACAAUCCACGAAGGACACAUGAGUAG